AUGCAGCAUCCGGGCCUGCGAUGGGCCAGUCGGGCGACCAGGCCCUCCCCUAGCAGCCCUCAGUCUCCCCAGGCCGCUGGGCUGUCUGAGCGGACUGAGAAGCUGAUGUUGGAGUAUAAGCGGGCUACUCUUCGGGAUGAUGAGGCUCCCGAGCCGUCACCAGAUGGCAUUGCCUCUCCGGACACUAUGGAGGUGGGCUUCCGAAAAAGGGCAGGACAUCUCCUGGGCUCCCGAACACAGCUAGAACUGGUUUUGAUGGGCAUCUCUCUGCUGCUGGGCAUCUUGCUCUUGGGUUGUUCCAUUGCCCUGGUGGUCCAGUAUAGCCAAGCCACAGGCUCAUUAAAUAACACCUGCCUGACAGAAGCCUGCAUUCGUGUGGCUGGGAAGAUCCUGGAGUCUCUGGACCGUGAGGUGAGCCCUUGUGAAGACUUUUACCAAUUCUCCUGUGGUGGCUGGAUGCGGCGAAACCCACUCCCUGAUGGGCGUUCCAGGUGGAAUACCUUCAACAGCCUCUGGGACCAGAAUCAGGCUGUGCUGAAACAUUUACUUGAGAAUGAGACCUUCAACUCCACCAGUGAGGCAGAACGCAAGACCCAGCGUUACUAUCUCUCCUGCCUCCGAGAACAAAGAAUUGAAGAGCUAGGGGCCCAGCCCCUGCGAGACCUCAUUGACAAGAUCGGUGGCUGGAACAUCACAGGACCCUGGGCACAGGACAACUUCAUGGAGGUUUUGAAGAUGGUGUCUGGGACUUACCGGGCCAGCCCGUUCUUCACAGUCUAUGUCAGUGCUGAUGCCAAAAGCUCUAACAGCAAUGUCAUUCAGGUAGAUCAGUCUGGCCUCUUUCUGCCUUCCAGGGAUUACUACUUGAACAAAACAGCCAAUGAGAAAGUGCUCACAGCAUACCUGGACUACAUGGUGGAACUGGGCACUCUGCUGGGGGGCCGCCCCGACUCCACCAGGGAGCAGAUGCAGCAGGUGAUAGAGCUGGAGACAGAGCUGGCCAACAUCACGGUGCCCCAGGACCAGAGACGGGACGAGGAAAAAAUCUACAAUAAAAUGAGCAUCUCUGAGCUGCAGGCCCUGGCCCCCUCAGUGGAGUGGCUGGAUUUCCUCUCUUUCGCCCUGUCGCCCCUGGAGCUGGGAGAUGCAGAGCCCGUGGUGGUAUAUGGGACCGACUAUUUGCAGCAGGUGUCGGAGCUCAUCAGUCGCACAGAGAGAAGCAUUCUGAACAAUUACUUGGUUUGGAACCUUGUCCAGAAGACUGCUUCUAGCCUAGACCGGCGCUUUGAGGUGGCACAAGAGAAACUGAUGGAGACUCUCUAUGGGACUAAGAAGUCUUGUACACCCCGCUGGCAGACCUGUAUCUCCAACACCGAUGAUGCUCUUGGUUUUGCCUUGGGAUCCCUUUUUGUGAAAGCCAUGUUUGACCGUGAGAGCAAGGAGAUUGCAGAGGGGAUGAUCAGUGAGAUAAGGACCGCCUUCGAAGAGGCCCUGGGACAGUUGGUUUGGAUGGAUGAGAGGACACGGCAAGCAGCCAAAGAGAAAGCUGAUGCCAUCUAUGACAUGAUUGGCUUUCCUGACUUUAUCUUGGACCCCAAAGAACUGGAUGAUGUUUAUGAUGGUUAUGAAGUUUCAGAAGAUUCUUUCUUCCAGAACAUGUUGAAUUUGUACAACUUUUCCGCCAAGGUGAUGGCUGACCAACUUCGCAAGCCUCCCAAUCGGGACCAGUGGAGCAUGACCCCACAGACAGUGAACGCCUACUAUCUUCCAACCAAGAAUGAAAUUGUCUUCCCGGCUGGCAUUCUGCAGGCCCCCUUCUAUGCCCGAAGCCACCCCAAGGCCUUGAACUUUGGAGGCAUCGGCGUGGUGAUGGGUCAUGAGCUGACACAUGCCUUCGAUGACCAAGGAAGGGAGUAUGACAAAGAGGGGAACCUCCGACCUUGGUGGCAGAAUGAAUCCCUGGCCGCAUUUCAGAACCACACAGCUUGUAUGGAGGAGCAGUAUGGACGGUACCAGGUCAAUGGUGAGCGGCUCAAUGGACGGCAGACGUUAGGCGAGAAUAUUGCUGACAACGGGGGUCUCAAGGCUGCUUAUAAUGCUUACCAAAUGUGGCUGAGGAAGCACGGGGAGGAGCAGCACCUCCCGGCUGUGGGAUUCACUAACCACCAGCUCUUCUUUGUGGGAUUUGCCCAGGUGUGGUGCUCGGUGCGCACUCCUGAGAGCUCCCACGAGGGGUUGGUGACGGACCCCCACAGCCCUGCCCGCUUCCGAGUGCUGGGCACUCUCUCCAAUUCCCGGGAUUUCCUUCGACACUUCAACUGCCCCGUCGGCUCUCCCAUGAACCCCGGGCAACUCUGCGAGGUGUGGUAGGGGCCGAGAGCUAGCCGUGCCCCGACAUGGCUCUUCCCUGCAGCUGGUGCCCUUUGCCCACCCCAGGGCCCUGGGCCUUUCUGCCAGGGAGCCAGACGCUGGGGUAGCAGUGCCGGGCCGUCCUCUCCCCAGAGCCUGGCAUUCAGCUAAAGCUGAGUGAGCCCCCAGGCCUUGCUUCCCUCUGCUGACUGUGAUGCCAUACCCACAGGUCCCCGGUCCCCACCCCUUCUCUUCACCACCACGAUGUGCCACUGGUUGGAGGUGGUAACUCAGGCCUGAGCUGAGCCCCUCCUUUGUUCACUGUGACAGCCUCUUCUUCCCGCAAAAGGCUUGUUUCCAGCCUAGAUGCUAGCCAGAUUUCGGGGGGGGGGGGGCUGGGAGGGUUGAAAGCCCACUGGGGGGAGCUCAGCAAAGGACACAGAGAUUGACGGGUCCUGUCUGGAACAAGAUCUGGGUCCCCUCCCUCCUGCUUUAAAGGAGUCGGCCCCCUGGAAGGACCUUUGUGCUGAUGGUCUGAGUGGUCCACUGGGCAGGGGGGUCCUGACUUUCUGGCCCAGGCUGACUCAGCAGGAGCUGGGGCUUGAGAGCUCCGAGGGCACCACAUUUCAGGGGUGUGAAGGAACACCGUGAAGUAGUCCCUGAGCACUCUGGCAUCCCCAGAAAACUUACUGCCCUCCUCAGGAACCCAGACAAAGCCUGGUUGGGUCUCCAUUUGGUCCCUGUCUCAGGAGUUGGUCCUCAGACUCCCUGCCCCCCCCCCCAGAGCCCCUGUACCCAGCAUGGGCACCUGCCCCUCAUCCUGCUCCUCCCAGCUCCUGCUCUCUCCCCUGCCCUGGGGACAGCUUCGAGUUGGAGUCUCCAUCUAGGACGCCUUUGCCCACUGCAUUCCUGCUCAAGCUGAGGAAGGGGUAGGAGGGAAUGUAGACAACCACAGUGUCUUAGGGCUCCAGGCUUAGGGGGUCUCCCAGAGAUCCGGGAGGACAGAGCAUGAGAGGGAGGAGGGGAGGGAGGGGGUUGGGGCAGAGUUUAUUUUUCCAUGGAUGGUGGGAGGGGAAGAAGGUGGUCUCCAUCCUACAAUGACACUUUGCCAAUAAACAAGUGUAAA